AUGUCGACCCAAACUUCUCCGGUCGUUCCUCCCCGACCGGCUCGAUCCCCACGACCUCCUUCAUCUACAGAUAUGCCUAGAAUUCCCCCACGCCCAUCGAACCGCCGUGCGGACCGAUCGUUAUCCCCCAUGUGCGAUAGCUACGCUCCAUCCCCACUCAACGAGUGGAAUGGCCCGAGUAUGAGCCGCACGACCUCCAACGAUAUCCCCCAACGGCCGCCGAGUGUAACAAUACCGUCUUUGGGCGAGGAGGGCAUUGAAUAUGCUGAUUUGGAUGUGGGACAUGUGUCCGACAGCCACCACCAGGCUCCGGCAGAGACUCGCAACGUUAGCAGUGAAUUGAAGAUUCAUGCACCAAGACCCUCAUUGCCCACGUCGAGUGCUAAGGCAAAAGUGCAGGCGGUUACCCGCACAGACUCCCGGCAGGCCGCUGCGGCAGGACUGGGCCGGGAGAGCUCCCCGGCUCACGAUGAGUCGGAGCGUCCUAGUCGUUCGCUGCACUCCCGUGCCAGUGGUUCCCGGGGCGACUCUUCCACUGCUUCAACCGAUCGUCGACAAUCUGCCCAGCUCGCCGAUGAGCACGGUUUUCGAGUACCCAUGUACCCGAAUGCGGGUGACGUCCAGGCACCAUCCCCAAGCCCCUACCUUGAUCAAGGUUCCCAGCGGCCGGGCCGCAACCAUAACCGCAGUCGUAGUGGCCGGGACUCAUCCCUGCCCCCCGGUAGUUACGGCCUGCACGGCCACGGUGUACAGCACACCGAUAAGUUCGAGAAAGCUUGGUACGAAAAGCAUCCCGAUGAAUUCGCCAAGGAAGAAGGACAGUAUGGCCCGGGAAUUGGCACUCCCCGUCCUGAUUGGGCUCUGAGUAGGGAUGAUUUGAAUAAGAUCGUUCGCAGCUCAGACCCUACACCACCUGGAAACGGCACUUCCCCUAGCCUCAUUGGUACUCCGGAGGAAGAGGUUGGUUACCUUGCCUCUGAUGAAUACAUGCAUCACAUGGCAUCUCCGCCGCCUGAUGCGCGGAAUGAGAAUCAGCCAAGUGUAGAGUCCCCUCUUCGUCAGAUGAGUUUCCCAGCCUCAGAGACCGAGUCGAGAAAUCCUCCAAAGUCCCAACUUCGCCAUGGCCGGUCCAGUUCACGCGGGCAUCAUACGGAGGGUGACGUGAUUCAUGUUGACGAUCCAAUGCAUCAUCUACACCAUCCAGAUGGCUUCGCUCCUACCCCGGCUAUCGAAGAUCAAACCACGGAAGCGGAAGAGCCCCGCGAUGAUGACGAACCUAUUUUGGCGGCUGAUCAAGUGCGCCCUGAGUCGGCAUAUCUACACCCCGCGGUUUCGCCAUCUUUCGAGCACAGGGGAAGUUUUGACGAAGAUUAUCACAGCCGGUCGCCUAGUGCUUCCCAUAGUCGCUCGAACAGCAGAUCGGCGAGCGCUCAAGGUGCACCCAUGUUGACUCGCUUUGACUCACGGGAGUUGCAGGAGGACACUCAUACACCCCUGGAGGACGUGGAAGAGUAUGAACCCUUGUUCCCCGAGGAAGAGACCAAGAAGGAAAAGCCUUUGUCCGCGGCGGACCGGUUCAAGGACCGUCCGGAUGCACUGAAGCACCGCUUCCCGAGUCAAGAUAUCUGGGAAGACACCCCCAAUAGCCUGCAGCUGCAUGCUACCGUCAAUACACCGGAUCUUCCUAAGAGUGACUCCGAGACGACAUUUGAAACCCCCGAACAGGAAGCCCAGCGCAGAAUGCAGGCAUCAAAGAUUGAUUCCCACCAGGUUGCGUCUCAGAUUCUCGAAGGAGAAGCUGGCCGCGACAAGGAGAAAGCGCCGACGCGGCCAGAUACUCUCAAACAGCGCUUCCCAAGCCGGGAUAUCUGGGAGGACGCUCCUGACAGCCAGCAGCUAGUGACCACCAUUGAGCCUGCCAAGGACGAGGUGAAGAGCCCAGAAGUGCCCUCGAAGCCAUCAAUUCCUCCACGUCCGCAGAAGCAGCUUCAGUCAACAUCUCCAACAGAGAAACGUCAAGCGCCCGUGAUACCCGAUAGACCGAAGCCUCAAAUCCCCGCCCGACCUUCCAGGCCCAGCUCUCAAGCCACCAAGGAACCUUCGAUUGAGGAACCAGCUGUGCCCAAGGCCAAACCUGCUGUGCCCGCUCGUCCUGGUGGCAGUAAGAUUGCAGCUCUGAAGGCAGGCUUUCUGACAGACCUGAACUCGCGUCUUCAGUUAGGUCCUCAACAACCCAAGCUCCAGGAGAAGGAACCGGAGCCACCAGCUGAAAAACAGCCACUCAGCGAUGCCCGCAAGGGAAGAGCCCGCGGCCCGGCCCGGCGGAAACCAGCCGCAGAGAAACCCAUUGCUAGACUCCCUGUUAUUCCCGAGAUCAAGAUCACCGAGACCUGGAACGUCUGGCAAGUCGGCGAGGAUGGUAACUUGACUGUCGGCGACACCAAACCGAUUGAGUUCACCGCCGUUCCACCCGAGCCUGUUCACGACGAACCAGAGGCUAAACAACCUGUGGUUCCUGAGCCCACAGAGACAAUGGCAGAAGAUUCCACUGAUUCAACUUCAAAGCCACCAGCUGCGACUGAGACGGUCUCUCCGAGCGCGGUGGACGUCCCGGAGAUCAACCCAAUCGACUCCGAAACUUUGGAACCGGCCUCAGAGCCUGUCGAAACACUCGAGUCUACGUCCGAAGAUAUCCCAAAGCAGAACGAGCCCGAGUCAUCCCCAGCUGGGGCUAUCAGCGCCACGCAUUCCCCUUCUGAGGCUACGAAGCUGGAUGAUGCUGCGGAGGAUAUGGCAGCCUUUGCCGAUGGGAAGAAGAGCUCUGAUGGAGACAUCCACCCCGUCGAGUCGGCUUCGUAA